CAACACUUCAAAAAAAUGAGAAAAAGUCCAAAUGGGAAGAUUUUUUCCGGACGGAGGGAGUAGUAUUUUAGCCCAUUGUGCCUUUUUGACUUCUAUAAAUACUGCAUAACAUUGGCAUUCAUAUUAUUUGCUUCAUGAAUUCUAUCAAUUCGUAAAGCAGUACUGAUCCCUUGAGUCUAGCAAGAUCAAACAUUUUGCCAUUUUUUCAGGGUGGUCGAGAACAUGGGGAGAAGAGCACUUUGGAAACGGAAAAGUACACAAAUAUGGCAAGAGUACGACAGGUGAAAGCUGGGACAUUGUUGUAGAUGAAGAAACUUAUUAUGAGGCGGAGCCACAUUACGGUUGGGCAGAUGUGGUAGGUGAUUCAAACCAAUUAUUGUCAAUCCAGCCUCAAGAAAGGCCACCCGGUGUGUAUCCAAGUAUGGAUUUCAGAUCAACAUCACCGCAUCCCUCUUCACCACAGUCCAAUGAUGAACUGCCUCCCUCGUCAUCAUAGUUACUAGCCAAAAUCACGACUAUGGUUAAGCUCUCCGCAAUGGAAUAUCAUCUUUCUUUGCAAUUAGUUUGUGCUUCAGUGUAACAGAAUCUGCUAUUCAUUAAUUUCAUUCUUUUGAGAUUUUGGUUUUUGUUAAAUUCUUGGAAUAUUGUCAGACAUGGGUGGACACACCAGGUACCUCUGUAUUUUUCAGAGCUGUAUUCAUUUUUUUUCAAUGUGUGGGUUCUAAUUUUGAAGACAUUGUAGCCUCAGACGCCAACAAUAAUAAAUACGGAGUAUGUGAUGAUUGAGUCACUUUCUCGUUUUGGAAUUACUUUUUUUUUUCUCCUACUAGUAAUCCAUUAUAUUGCCGUGAACUCAAAUUUUUACUGGGUACAAGUUGUAGAACAGCUGAAUGAGACAUUUAUUUGUUUCACGGUCCUAGCUUAGGUCCCGCAGGAUUCAAGGAAGCUUCAUCCUUUCUUUCUCAUUGUCUUCAAGGUCGGACCUCAUCCGUCUUUCUGAAAUCUUCCGCACUCUUCAAAUUCCAUCGCCUUUCUGCCAAUUCUGGAUGAUAUUUGGCUUUUUUUAAAUAUAAAAAAAUCGAAACAUUGCUUUUUCCUCGAUCGUUUUACAGGAAGGUGUUCGUGAAUGAAUGAAGAACUUGGCCUGGCUCAACUCCUCCCAUCCAGCCAGGGCAGCCAUCAAUCUAAUCUGUCUACUUCUGCCCGUAGAAGGAACCCUCCUUCGCCCAAUCUAUUGCGUUAUGUAGUUGUUUCAUAUCUUAGAUUAGCUGAGAUACUCUCAUGAUGCAAAUGAGCUCGUGGAUGAUAGUUCUUUUUCCUUGUUUUUGUUCUUUCCCCUCCACGGAUCUCCUGAUUUAAAUGGGCUGCCGUAGCCUUAACCGCUGCCGCUUGUAUUCUCUUUUUGCCUCUCCGUCUAUCUUCUUUUUAUCAAUGUGUAUGGUACUGUCCCUUGCUUACUCUUCUACCGUCAACGGAAAAGGUAAUGCAUCCCAUGGGAAAGCUGCUGUCACACCCCUCAAUCUAGAUCUUUAUCAUAACAGUGGAGCAUUGCUGAAAAAAAUAGAGGAGUUGGUUCACCGACACUCAGACAAACUCUCUAUCAAAACCAUAUCUAGUCAGAAUAAAGGGUACCAUGCUGAUUCAACUGUAGUUACGUAUUGCCAGAAUUUGAAAGACUGUGAUUAUAGGUCAAAAGUUAGAAUUCUGCUGAGUUUUGGACAGCAUGGGAGGGAGCUUAUAACAACCGAGCUUGCACUAAAAAUAAUUUCUAUUUUAAGUGAAGAAGAAUUACCAAAGGAAUAUUCACAUACACUAGAUAACUCCUUAGAAAAGCUUGUUAUAAAGGUUGUUCCGGUGGAAAAUGUGAAUGGACGCAAGCGUGUAGAAAAGGGGGAGCUUUGUGAAAGAAGAAAUGGAAGAGGAGUUGAUCUCAAUAGGAAUUGGAGUGUAGAUUGGGGCAAGAAAGAGAAGGACUAUGAUCCAUAUGAAGAGAAUCCUGGGACUGCUCCCUUUAGUGAGCCUGAGACUCAAAUAAUGCGUAGACUAUCCGCAGAAUUUGAGCCACAUAUAUGGGUUAAUGUGCAUUCUGGAAUGGAGGCAAGUUUAACAAUUAUUGCUAUAAUAACCCUUGAGUUAUUUCUGCUUUUCUACAUAGCUGAUUCACUUGCUCAAGGGAAUUUUCUAACUAUACCAAACCUGCAUCAUUCUCUUGUUUCAAAUGGAUGACAGACUAAACUACACUUUAAGAAUAAGCACCCUUGCCAUGUUCCAAUUCCAUUAUUUUUUUAGAAUAAAAACUAUUAGCUCUAAUGAACAAAAUUCAAUUCAACACUUGUUAUUUAACAAUAGAGCUAGAAUCGGAGCCUUUAGGUUGUGUACUUCUGGACUGGUGAGGGGCCUAGUCGGCCAGACAAAAAAAGGUGGGAGGAUUCGCGUAUGAGGCAGAGGGGAGAGGAGAGGCUGGAUGGUAUGCGGUGAGGUGUUACUGGGGUUGGGAGGGGAGACAGCAUUCAUUUGGGGAAGGAAGGUGUUGCCGGAGGCAGAGAGAAGAGUAGCACCUAUUCAUUUUAUGGGGAAGAAAGGGUGAGAUAAGAAAUAAAUAGAUGAAAUGGGAAUGAAGUGUUAAAAUCUAUUUUUUUAGAUUGGACGGCUGGGACUGACAGUUCUCAUAUAGGAGGGUCAAUACCCCAGAAUCUUGUUCAGCUCAAAUAUAUGGAAAGACCUUUAGGCCUGUCUUAUUGAUAUUUCAAUCCAUUAGGGCUUGCAAGUUUUGUAGUAAUCCAAGCUUGAAACACACUCGCCACCUUGUAAGCUCCUUCUUACACUUACUCAGCAUAUAAUUGUGUUUCUUACCAUAUUUUGUAAUCAAGUCAUAUAUCAUCAUGAAUACAAUAAGUAUUUCUAUCCCAUUCCAAUACUAUGUAUUGCAAGUUUGAAGGCGUGUUAGUCCUAAUGUCGCUUUCGAUUUUGUCGAUACCAAGAGACAUCAAUAUUAAGGUUGAAAUAAAAACUCUUAAAUAAAAUUCUGCAAUGUCAACUCUUUUUGUAUCAUAUUUUUUUCGACUACCUUUGAUUGCUUGCUCUCUUAGUAUUUUAUCCCCAAUAAUCAAAAGUCAUGUUUUAGUUUCCAAAGGGGAAUUGUUGUAUUUACUGUUAGGCAAUUUAAAGCUUGGGAUGCUUACUUGUGAAAUAUAAAUAAUGGACCAAAAGAAAAUCCAGACCAGGGA